GCUGCGGAUUGGUUGGAAGUGUUCCGUACGCAGCGUGUGUGAGAGGCUGUUCGCAUGGCUUCCAAGGCGGUGUGGGAGUACAGAGGCUCCCCGGAGCAGUCAGCUUUGCUGGUGCAAUUCUCCAAUGGAAAUAUACAGUCACCGGAGAGUAUUAAAUUAAACUUAUACAGGAACAAAGAUCAGACAAACCCUAGAAAAAGAAAGCAGCAAAUCUUGGCGGCAGAAACGGACAGGCUAAGUUAUGUGGGAAAUAAUUUUUCCUCCGAUGAUUCAAACUGUAACCCUCUGUGUAGGUAUUUUGUUGGUGUGUUAAAUAAGGAAUCUGGGCAGAUGGAAGUAUAUGAUGCAGAGUAUUUUAACAUGCAGCCACUAUUGGACACCAACAGAAAGAGUGACUUACACGAUGAAGACGAGACUGACAAAUCUAGCAGAACGUACAGGGAAAAGGUGGAUGCUUUGAUAGAAGCCUUUGGUACCAACAAGCAGAAGCGUGCCUUGAAUUCCCGCAAGCUGAACAAAGUUGGCAGUGAGAGUUUAAGUAAAGCUAUGGCGAAGGCUGCUGAGGAAAUCAUAGAGAGCAAAGGAACAACGGAAUUGGUAAAAGAGGCUAUUGGCAAUAAAGACACAGAGGUUUCGAUGUUCCUACCUAAGCGUGAUGUUAACGCAGACAAGCCUGAAAAUGUGUACAAGCUGGACGAUCUUAUCUCACCUGUGGAAUACGCAGCUCUCGAAGCUCCCUCUGAAGCCUUUAGAAACAUCACUUCUGAAACGUUACAGCAGAUGAGAGAAAAUAAGAAACAUGGGCUGUUUGUUCUUCAAGAAAUUCAAGAGCUUAUUAACCAGAAAGAUCGUGACCAGCAAGCCCGCUGCUUGUGUUAUUUGGAUGUCUUGAUCAAGCUUAGUCAGUGCAAGAUGGUAAAACGCAAAGAGCUGAUGGACCCGAGUUUCCCAAACAUGGUAUUCACAAAGCUAAUAAAGAAUUUUACUGUUUCAACAUUCAGAAAUGGGAGGCUACAGAAUUCAGUCCCCGACACAAUGAAAUCUAAAAUAGUUGCACAUGCGAUAGCCCUGGCCCUGCAUAUCUGUGAAUUUGAAGUCGACUUGACACUUUUACAGAGGGACAUGAAGCUCACGGAGAACAGGGUGCUUGAAAUUGCUAAAGCAAUGGGUUUGAAGAUCAGUAAAAGAAUGAUGUUCUCUAAUGCUUCACUUGAUGAAGGCCACAAAAUUGGGAUUUUGGCAGUUCCUUUGGCAGUGUACAAGCCUUCUGGGGGAUUGAUGAAACGAAAGAAGAUGUGAAUUGGAAAGGAUAGGAUUUCGCUGUUUGAUCUGGAAUUUCAUUGUGACUUCAUUUUGAAGCUGGCAUUGUUUGUGGGACACAGUAAUAAACAUGGUUUUGAUUUUU